AUGAACGAUCACAACGUCGCAGUGAAGCGGAUCUCGGAGAUCGUCAAGGACUUCCACUCGCGCCGGGAGCCCUUCCGCAUCUUCCACGGCUCCACCAGCAGCACCCGUCCCGCCCACGGCCAGCGCGUCGUCGACAUCAGCGAGCUGCGCCAUGUGCUGCACAUCGACACCGCCGCCGCCGUCGCCAUCGUCGAGCCCAAUGUCGCCAUGGACCAGCUCGUCGCCGCGACCUACCGCGCCGGCAUGGUCCCGCCCGUGGUGAUGGAGUUCCCCGGCAUCACCGUCGGUGGCGGUUUUGCCGGGUCCGCCGGCGAGAGCAGCUCGUUUCGGUACGGUUAUUUUGAUGAAACGGUGCUGGCGGUGGAAAUCAUCCUGGCCACCGGCGAGGUCGUCAAUGCGUCAAAGACGGAAAAUGCGGAUCUGUUCAAGGGUGCGGCCGGGGGGCUGGGGACGCUCGGCAUCGUCACGAAGCUGGAGCUGCGGCUGCUGCCGGCGAAGAAGUUUGUGAAAGUCACGUAUCACCCGUAUUCGAGGAUCCCGGAUGCGAUAGCUGCGAUCCAGCGGGAGACAAACUUGGCUCAUAACGACUAUGUCGAGGGAUUGGUGUUUUCGAGGACCAGCGCGGCGGUGGUAACUGGCCAACUCACAGACGACUUGCCAGUAAAACACAAGCCACAAACUUUCAGCAAAGCUAAGGACCCGUGGUUCUAUCUGCAUGCGCGAAAACGCAUUACAAAUGCAGUACCAACUCCAGAUUAUGUGCCGUUGCAAGACUAUCUCUUCCGGUAUGAUCGCGGCGCAUUUUGGAUGGGGGAGUUGGCGUUCAAGUACUUCGGCUUCGUCCCUUUCAACCGCAUAACACGACGGGUGAUGAACCGCCUGAUGGAUACCCGGACAUUAUACAAAGCAGGCCUUGGCGGUGGCAGCCGGAUGACUUUCCAGUAUCUGGUGCACGAUUUAUCAUUACCAUACUCAACAGUCCAAAAUUUCAUCGACUACGUCGCUGACAACAUGGAAAUUUGGCCCCUCUGGCUGUGUCCUCUGCGUGCCAUCGAGGCCCCCAGUUUUCACCCUUACACGACAGAGCCGGGUGGAGAGGCACCACAGCCGAUGCUUAAUGUGGGAGUCUGGGGCCAUUCGUCAAAGAAGAUUGACCGUUUCAUGCGGCAAAACCGAGAUCUAGAGGCAAAGCUCAUGGAGUUGGGCGGGCGCAAGGUGUUGUACUCACAUGCUUACUACACGGAAAAGGAGUUCUGGGACAUGUACGACAAGAACUGGUACACGAAACUUCGAGAGCGAUAUAGUGCGACGAGCUUACCGGAUGUUUACGACAAGGUUGUGGUUGACGUUACGAAGGAAAAGGAAAGGAAGUCUAUUCGGGACAAGGUGGCGGUCACCUGGCCGUUUGCAGGUCUCAUUGGAGUUUGGUCGGCAAUUCGAAAGUAA